UGGAACCAGCCCGCGAGUGAUCGUGAUCGUGAGGUGUUUGGACAAGCAAUCAGAAUGUGCGACAGUGAUUUCCAUUUCAACGAUCUUCCGUUCGAACUGGUGUGUGACAUCUUCGAUGCUUUGCCGCUGCGUGACAUCAAAACUGCCGCGAUCGUAUGUCGCCGGUGGCACGCAAUCAUCUUCUCGGAGGUAUACAUUCACCGGUUCCGGUUGCAGGUGAACCUCGAUCAGUCAUUGCCUCAGCUAAAGCAGAUGGCGCAGUUGCUCGAGGUGAGCGAUCGUGAGUACUACAGCGUUGUACUACGAGCCAAUCUAGGCAGUCCACUGACAGACGCGCGACUUCGGAUCGUAAAACUGAUGGUUCGACUGCUGGCACAUCGCGCCGAUUCGUUGUACUUCAACAUGGCUGACUUCCGGAUCGAGUCGUGUGUGACGGAGCGAUUGUUGCGUGGCCGCCGGCUCCAGAUUGUGGACACACGCGCCAAGUACCUGCCCCUCAGCAUGGGCCUAAAGGAGUCGAUGUUGGCCGCCAUCUGUGAACAUGCAGUCGAUCUGGCUGAGCUGGUGAUAGCCGAGAUGAACAUAAACAACCCACGGGCACUCGAGCCAUUGUCCUCGCUCAGUCGACUCAAACUGCUGCUCAUCAGUGACUACUACCCGUACGUGAAACCACCCGAACCGCCCAUCAACCUGCCCAAUCUCGAGAACCUGUCGCUGAUCAAGGUGACGGACGAAUCGUGCCAUUACUUCCGCGUCGCCAACCUGAAGCGAUUCUUCAUCCACUCGACCGGUACGGACGCGCCACGCACGAUGGACUUCAUCACGCAGAACAUCACCGGAGUGAGUCGGUUGUGUCUGCACUUCACUGCGCGGUCGAUCCGUGCUGAGGAGAUCUUUGGAUGGUUAGAUCGCUUCCCGAAUCUGCUGGCUCUUGAGCUGGCUGGUGUCGCGCUGCCAGUCGACGUCCUGCAGCACUUCAGUUCGACCAAUCGACUGCAGAAGCUCACGUUCGUGACGUGCCAUCUUGAAUCGAUGCUACUGGAUGGUUUGGAACAAAAGCUGGCCAGAUUGAGGCUGCUCUGUUUCGACGGAUGUUCACUGUUCCACCGACAACAGGCUGGUUUUCGGCCUGUUCACUACGACGACAUCGAGGAGUUGCGCCGAGUUUUGCCCCGUUGCCACGUGAUGUUGGACUACGAUUGACCUUGGUGGUGGGCCAACCAGACCAUCACAUCCCACCCAGCAGAUCAUCCUUCCAGUUUGAGUAGAAUAAAACGCAGUAAAGUGGGAGCACUCGG